CGCGAGCCCCUCUCUUCAGGCUCGAGCUCGAGCUCGAUUCUCGGAUUCGAUGCCGCAGCUGGAGAGGGUGCUGCAAGAGAACAACAAGCCCCGCGGCGGCUUCUUCUCCGCGCUCUCGCCUCGCCGUGCCGGCAAGUCCAAGCCGCCGCCGAAACCGCAGGCGGCGCAGCCAGCGCCAAGGGCUCCCCCGCCCCCGGGCGGCCUCUGUCGCUCCUCCAAGGCGCACCUCGAGGCGCUCGCCGCGCUCGCCGCCGUCGACAACCUCUCCGACCUCGACACGCCCGACAUUGUGGUGAUUGGGACGCAGUCGUCCGGCAAGUCGUCGCUGAUCAACGCGCUCACCGGCUUUGACCUCAUGCCGACCGGCACGGGGAUGGUGACGCAGGCGCCGCUGCGGCUCGUCCUCGAGCACUCUGGCUCCGACUCGCUGCUGGCGGAGCUGGGGCCGGCGCAGCAGAUGCGCGAGCGAGCGCAGCGGCGGCUGACGACGAUGGCGCCGUCCGUGCCGACGGACGACACGUCGCGCCACCUGCUUCUCAACACGCUGCUGAUGCACACGGCGCGCGAGAUCGAGACGGCGCACCGCUCCGCGUCGCGCUCGACGGGCUACCGCAUCAAGCUCGCCUUCGAGCGGCUCGAGGCCGCCCGCCCAGCCGACUCGGCACCUGCCCCCGCUCCCCUCCCCGACCUGCGCCCCGGUGCCCCUCGCGGGCAGGCGGCGCUGAACCGGCUCGACCCCUUCGAGGACCUGGUCGCGUGGGAGCGGCUGGUGCACGAGGCGGACGUCAUCCAGCUGCUGCUCGGCGAGCACUCGGCGCACCGGCCGCUGCACACCCUCUUCGAGCCGUGCUGCGCUUGCCUGCGCGAGGUGACGGCCGAGCUGCGCGCGGUGGUCGAGGAGCCGCACCCGCAGCUCACCCGCUUCCCUCGCCUGGUCGACGCGGUGCGCGGACGGGCGGGCGCGCUCCUCGACCGGCUCGCCUACGUGACGGAGGAGGAGAUUGGCAAGAUGAUCGACAUGGAGGAGGCGUACGUCUUCGUCACGCGCGCGCUGCUGCGCCGGAUGGAGCGCGAGGGGGCGCACCGCGAGCCCUGCUCGGUGCUGCGCUACUACUUUGACGACGUGCGGCAGGCGGUCGCCAAGGCGGUGCCCAAGCUCGUCAUCACGUACCUGUGCCGCCAGCUCGAGGCCAAGGUGGGCGAGGAGCUCUUUGGCGUCGCCUACACGCCCGGCCUGCUCGAGGAGGUGCAGGACAAGGCGAAGACGCGCGCUGAGGACGAGGCGACCGUGCGCAAUCUGAUCCGCGUCGAGGAGGCGCUGGCCAAACUCCCUCUGCAGUAAGGAGGGGGGGGGGGGGGGGGAUCCUGAGUGGCGAAGCCAUCGCCGAGUGGGAGUGUGAUGUGUGUGUCGUCUCGUGUCCAUGUGUCGGGUGUUUAAUAGCUCCGAGUAGAGGGGGCGUUCUGCUGCUAGGGGAAGCCCGGUGCGCGGAGCCCCCAACCCUCGGAGAACACGGCGAGACCCGAGACCCGUGUAGCCGGUGUGUUUACCUUAAAUAAAUAAAUAAAAACGGUGUC